UGGAAUUGUUCUCCAAACGCUUGCACAUUGCACUAUGCUCCCAAAGCUGUGACGGUGCAGGUUGAGAUGGCCAAAGCUGAAGACAGAAGCACUGAAGUGUGUAACUGCAUUCUGGGCGGCAUCUGUGAGCUUUGUGUCUACUCAGUGUUCUCACUGUGCUGUGCUUCAGUAGCUGUGGUUUCCUGAUGCUGGCUCCUUGAUCUCGGAGGAGGCAGGUGUGUGGCUUUGCUCAAACUGUCAGAGCUCCCAAGGGAAACACAGGACGUUUGGAGGCAUGUCUGGAUAGCUGAACCAGUUUGUUUGCUGCUUUUAUUUCCUGCAAGAAAAUGAGCUACAACCUUUUUCUGCUGGCUUUUGUCCUGGGCAUUACUGGAGCUUUCCACUAUGGAUUGCAGGUCUCCAUUAUCAAUUCUCCUGCUGAGUACAUCCAAAGUUUCAUCCGUGAGGCCUGGCUGAAGAGAUACGGCUCCGUUCCCAGUGCCGAGAUGAUCACUUUGACGUGGUCCUUUAUCGUGUCCAUUUACAGCAUCGGUGGGCUCUUGGGCUCCUCCUCUGCUGGCUACUUGUCUGUUAGAUUUGGAAGGAAGAAGGCCAUGCUGCUUGCCAACAUCCCUGCUCUGCUGGGUGCAGCUCUGAUGGGACUCAGCCGGCUGUGUGGAUCUUUUGAGAUGAUCAUUGCUGGAAGGUUAUUUUCUGGAGUCUGUGGAGGUUUAGCUCAGAAUGUCCAUAUCAUGUAUGCUGGGGAAUGUGCCCCACGGAACCUCCGCGGGCUGAUUGCCAUUACAGCCUCCACCUCCAUCGCUGUGGGAAAGUUUGUGGGAUUUGCUCUGGGUCUCAGGGAAGUUCUUGGAGUGGAGGCUCUCUGGCCGGUUCUCCUGGCAGCCAAUGCUGUCCCUGUCCUUGUUCAGCUUCUCACCCUCCCCUUCUUCCCAGACUCUCCCCGCUACCUGCUCAUUGACCAAAAGGACAAGGAGGGAUGCAUCAAAGCCGUGAAGCAGCUCUGGGGCGAUGGGGACCAUAUGACUGAAGUCAAUGACAUGAUGUCAGAGCAGAAGGCCAUCGGUGGGGAGCGGGCCAAGAGCGUGCGGGCGCUGCUGCGGGACAGGGCGGUGCGCUGGCAGCUCAUCACUCUGCUCCUCGUCGUGUCCUGCAUGCAGCUCAUCGGGGCCAACGUGGUUUACUCGUAUGCAUACAGUAUCUUUACAAAAGCUGGAAUCCCCCCUGCUCAGAUCCAUUAUGUCUCCCUGGGGGUUGGGACUGCUGAGAUCCUCUCCACAGUUCUGUGUGGCUUCCUCAUCGAGCGUGCAGGGAGGAGAACGCUGCUGUGGAAAAACUACGCGGUGAUGGCCUUGGCUCUAGGGCUCCUCACAGCCACGCUCUCACUGCAGGACUCCUUUUUCUGGGUACCGUACUGCUCUGUUGCACUUGUCUUUAUUUUCAUCAUGAGCUUUGGCAUUGGGCCAGCUGGAGUAGUAUGCCCCUUGAUCACGGAAAUAUUUAUUCAGUCAUACAGACCAACUGCUUAUGUUUUUAAUGGUGUUGUAAACUGGAUCCAACUCUUCAUCCUCGGACUUGUGUUCCCUUUCAUUGUGGAAGCUCUUGGUAAUUUCUGUUUCAUCAUUUUCCUGAUAUACUGCCUGUCCAUGGCUAUUUUUGUAUUCCUGGUGCUGCCUGAGACCAAAGGAAAGACCAUGCUGCAGGUCAUGGAGGAGUUCAACCGCCUGAACUACCGUGGAAAGAAGGGACAGGCAGCCCUAGAGCAGAGUAACUGCUCUGUGGUGACUGUCACUAGGCUUUAAGAACAAACCCUCCACUUCAUAUUUUGCUCUUUUAUUACUGUAGUGCCCAGAAGUCUCACUAAGCAAGAGACAAACCAUAGAUCCACAAAAAAAUCACCUUCAGGACAGGGUGCAGCAUGAACUUGGUGGUUCUCUCCAGCUCCUGAAAUAUGAGCUGAAUUAAUUCCUCUGCAGAAAAAAAAAUUAAACACAGUUUAUAGAGAAAUUAAGAUUUUUGUCAGUGCCUUCAAGCUUGCAGUUGGAAACUGAAAACACAGGAUCUGCUGUUUUCUUGGCAAAACCAGGACUCCACAGUUGGGAGAAGUGAUUCUGGAAGGUCCAGAGGCAGAACAAACUUGCAAAGAAGACAGAGCUUUGACACUGAAUAUAUCUGCCCCUAUUAACAAGUCAGUGCUGAUGAGCUUUCCCAGAGAAGAAGCUUCAGUUCACAGGAAAAGAAGUGUUUAGCUCUUUAAUCAGUGAAAGAAAAGUGCCUUGCCUAUCAGCAGGCAGAAUCAAUAUGCAACAUUCCCCCCACGUUUACAGUCUCAGAGAUUCUUCUGUUAGAAGGAACAGGGAUAUGUCAGCACUGGAAGAAAGCAAUGAGCAAAGGAAGCAGAGCAGCAGGAAAUCAUGAGUGUGCAAAUCCAGUGUGCAGAUUCCCCUUCAUUGGCAAGGACUGUGGAGUGUCUCUUCAGCCUGGAGAACGCUGGGUUUCGAUGGGAUUGAGCCCUGAGAGUGACUGGUAUUGAUGAGACAGAGAGGAGGGACACCUCUCCUGGGGAAUUUAAUCCAAAUGUGUCACUGUUUGCUUCUCUCUCCAGGUCUCUGAGUACUUCACAUUUUCAUUAUAAAACCUGCUAAAAACAGCUUCAUAUUUGUGUCCAUUUCUAUAUGACAUGACACCUUUUUGGUCUUCUUCAUGCUUUACAGUUUUCUGAUAAGGAAAUAAAAAGCAGUG